CAGUUUGGCGAGUCGACCGGCAUCUGCAUCAUCACGUUAUUGGGCCGCAUGACAGACGUGCGCCUAUCACAGCAUACAGGAAAAUAAAAACAGCCUGGAUUAUAUAGAAGUUAUUUAUUUAAGAAAGUCACAGUGGACGUAAAAACAUGCCGAAGAAACAGAAAGAGGAAGCGGAGUGGGUGGACGAUGGUGACACUCCGGCAGCAGAAAAAACAGUGAAAAAGGGGAAGAAAAACAAAAAGGAGAAAAAGAGUUUCUUCGAGGAACUUGCGACCGACAGCAAACCUGAGAAGGUGGAUGAGACGACGCUUAAAGAUACUCCAGCAAAACAGCCCCAGAAAAAGAAGAAAGACCGGCGGAAAGACAAAAGGAUGGAUGCAGAUGAGGAGGAUGAGGAUGUCAUGCUGACACUGAAGAAGCUGUCGGUCCAAGCCAGUGAUGAGGAAGAGGAGCCAGUUGUCCCCUCGGCUAAAGGAAACAAGAAGAAGGGUGGAAACAUUUUUGCUGCUCUCAGCCAGGGUCAGAGUGAUGAGGAUGAGGAAGAGGAAGAGGAUGAAGAAGACAAGCCUGUAAAAAAGGAGGUGGAGAAAGGCAAUAAAAAAGAGAAAUCCAAAUCCAGGAAGGUGAAGGGAGCGUCCGAUGAAGAGGAGGAGGAGGCAGACAUGGAUGACCCUGAAGAGAAACCUGCGAUGAAGACCAAGAAGCCUGAGGCCAAGUCCAAGAAAGGAAAACCAGCCCAGCGCCCACACAGCGUGGACGAUGAUGAAGAGGAGGCUGAAGGUGACAUGAUGAUGAGUGCUGAAGAUGUCAUCGCAGAGCAGGCCAAAGAGAAGGAGGACCCGUACGCCAACCUCAGCAAGAAGGAGAAGAAGAAAGAAAAGAAAAAGAAGGAGUACGAGCGUCAGGUGGCCAGCGUCCGGGCCCAGAGCGCUCUGGAGGGAGAUUUUUCCGUGUCUCAGGCUGAGAUGUCGUCCAGACAGGCCAUGCUGGAGAACGCCUCCGAUAUUAAGUUGGAGAGGUUCAGCAUUUCUGCUCACGGCAAAGAGCUGUUUGUCAACGCCGACCUGCUGAUCGUUGCAGGGAGAAGAUACGGUUUGGUUGGACCAAAUGGUAAAGGAAAGACCACGUUACUGAAGCACAUCGCUAACAGAGCUCUGAGUAUUCCCCCCAACAUCGAUGUGCUGCUGUGUGAACAGGAGGUGGUGGCUGACGACACUCCGGCGGUGCAGGCGGUGCUGAAGGCCGACACGCGCCGGCUGAAGCUGCUGGAGGAGGAGAAGCAGCUGCAGGCUCGCUUGGAGAGGGGAGAGGACAGCGUGGCCGAGAGGCUGGAGAAGGUCUAUGAAGAGCUGAGGGCCAUUGGAGCUGCAGCAGCUGAAGCUAAGGCCAGGAGGAUCCUGGCUGGUCUGUCUUUCACCCCUGAGAUGCAGAACAGACCCACCAAAAGGUUCUCUGGAGGAUGGAGAAUGAGAGUUUCUCUGGCCAGAGCCCUGUUCAUGGAGCCCACUCUGCUGAUGCUGGACGAGCCCACUAACCACCUGGACCUGAACGCCGUCAUCUGGCUCAACAACUACCUUCAGGGCUGGAAGAAGACUCUCCUCAUAGUGUCCCAUGACCAGAGCUUCCUUGAUGAUGUGUGUACAGAUAUCAUCCACCUGGACAACCAGAAACUCUACUACUACAGAGGAAACUACCUAACCUUCAAAAAGAUGUACGUGCAGAAGCAAAAGGAGCUUCAGAAACAGUAUGAUAAGCAGGAGAAGAAGCUCAAAGACCUGAAGGCUGGUGGCAAGUCCACCAAACAGGCUGAAAAGCAGACCAAGGAGGCUCUGACCCGGAAGCAGCAGAAAGGAAAGAAGAAGGGAGGUCAGGAGGAGGAGAGCCACGAGGCCCCCGAGCUGCUGAAGAGGCCCAAGGAGUACACCGUCAAGUUCACCUUUCCCAACCCACCUCCUCUGUCUCCGCCCAUACUGGGACUGCACAGUGUUGACUUUGGCUACGACGGUCCGAAGCCUCUCUUCAGAAAUGUGGACUUUGGUAUUGACAUGGAAUCCAGGAUUUGUAUAGUUGGUCCUAACGGUGUUGGGAAGAGUACGCUGCUGCUGCUGCUGACGGGGAAGUUAACUCCUGUUAAAGGAGAGAUGAGGAAGAAUCAUCGCCUGAAAGUGGGCUUCUUCAACCAGCAGUAUGCUGACCAGCUGAACAUGGAGGAGACGGCGACAGAAUACCUGAUGAGGAACUUCAACCUUCCCUACCAGGACGGCAGGAAGUGUCUGGGACGCUUCGGCCUGGAGAGCCACGCCCACACCAUCCAGAUCUCCAAACUGUCAGGAGGUCAGAAGGCCAGGGUGGUGUUUGCAGAGUUGGCCUGCCGUCAGCCAGACGUACUGAUUUUGGAUGAGCCCACCAACAACCUGGACAUUGAGUCAAUAGAUGCUUUAUCAGAAGCCAUCAAUGAGUACAAAGGAGCUGUGAUCAUCGUGAGCCACGACGCUCGCCUCAUCACGGAGACUCAGUGCCAGCUGUGGGUGGUGGAGGACUACAGCAUCAACCAGAUCGACGGAGACUUCGAUGACUACAAGCGGGAGGUGCUGGAAGCUCUGGGAGAGACCAUGGUCAACAAGGUCAACCCCUGAUGCGACUAGAUCCCGUCUGGAUCCUGCUCUCCUCAUGGACUCAAAUCAAAUCCAUCCACUCCGGUCCUUUUGGACCCGGCUGUUAAAUCAUUUAUGACUUUAUUUCCAGGAAUAACCUGCAAAGCUCAAUAAAAGGUGUUUUCCUCAUA